CCCAAACCACCCACGUCACUUGGACCAAACCCUCACUUGCGACCCCAAAGGACCAUCCUCAUGUCCGCCAACCCCGAUCAUCGCCCUGCCAGGACCCGCCGCUCUUGCUACAACCAACAGCGCUCUUCGAUGCCCUCUCAAUCAUCCAUCCAACCCACCUCACGUCCUCCAUCCCCAUCACCGCUUACACACCCCGCCGAAUCGCGACAACAGCAGCAGCAGCAGCAUACCAAACGAGUUUCCCACCGGUCGCGUUGGUCACACCCAAAUAGAAUAUACGGAAGAAGGGCGCAAGGUUCUGCGCUGGACAUCACUGCGCUGCCAACGCUAGGCGACAAGACUGGAAUUCCAGGCAAAGCCGCCCACUCUUCGACUUUGACCAACUUAUAUUCUAUAUCCUAUCUGGUCCUUUUCUCUAUCUUGGGUACCCUUUCUCGCCUAGGCCUGCAAUCGCUGACCUUCUAUCCUGGAUCGCCCGUCACAAUUUCAGUACUCUGGGCUAACGUGGCUGGAACAUUCCUCCUUGGAUUCCUCGCCGAAGACCAGCGGCUUUUUCGUAAAGAAUGGGGUAUUCCACCGUAUACACCUCCUCGGCCACACCACACACCACGUCCGUCACAGGGCGAUGAGGAAGCGGGACCUCCAUCGUUGACUAUCGCGGGGGGGAAAAUGCACAACAAAGUAAAGAAGACUAUACCUCUGUAUAUUGGCUUAGCCACAGGGUUUUGCGGUUCCUUCACCAGCUUCUCUAGCUUUAUGCGCGAUGUGUUCCUGGCCUUCGUUAACGAUCUUCCAGCUCCUAUCAACCACCCUAUAUCACCGUCCGACCAAGGCGGUAACCUUCAACGCAACGGUGGCUAUUCCUUCAUGGCUGGUCUUGCCGUGCUAUCGGUGACGAUAGGCCUCUGUUCUGCAGCUUUUCGAGUCGGUGUGCAUUUUUGCAAUCUUGUGGACCCGUGGACACCAUCCCUGCCUUUUCGCCUGACUCGAUACGCUCUUGAUCCUCUCGUUGUCUUCCUGGCAUGGGCAUGCUGGUUAGGUGCAGUUUUCAUGGCCGUUUGGCCUCCCGAUCGUCCCGGGGGAGCUUCCAGCCAUGGUUCCUGGAGUAAUGAGACAUGGCGCGGCCAGGCCAUCUUUGCCUGUGUCUUUGCGCCUCUUGGCUGCUUGCUUCGUUACUACUUGUCAUUGUUUCUCAAUCCAUUCACGCCUCAUCGGUAUGACAUAUGAUC